AUGAGUGAUAAUAUCGACGUUGGACUCCAAGCUUUAUUUGACACAGAACCAGAAUUUGAUAAACAAGUUCCACGGAAAGCAAUGGCAUCUCUUGACCCGAAAGAUUCUUUGGGUGGGGGUGGUUUUGGUAGGGCGAAAGUUAACGAUUAUGGCGGAUACACUCCAGAGGCCACGCCAGAGCCCAAUCCGUCUAAGACCAGUACAGAGACCGAACCAGAAAUCACGGUUACAAGAGUAGAUGAUGACGAUGAUGAUAUAGUUGAUCAUGACCCUGAAAUGAUUCAGCGAGCACAAGCAUUGCAAAGAGUGAGCUCUACCAAAAAUAAGAAGAAGAUACUAAACUUGCCGUCGGACUGGAGCUCGGCGAGUAUAUCCACACCAGAGGGCAAAGAGCAAGCUCUCGCUGCUUACCAAGCAACCAUCCUCCUCAUUCACCCUAAGCUCUAUAGAAAGACAUCCGAUCACGAAUUUCUAAAAGUGAACGGCGCCGCCCUUUCAUACGGUGUUCCUAUGGAAUAUUUAGACCUCAUCUCCAAUUGGGAUGGCCAGGGUCCACUUCCUCGGCCUGCAGGCAGCGGCUUUCCCACUCCAAACGGGACAAUUUUGAAGAUCCUUUACGAAGCAACGGACUACAUGCAGCCCUUGUGGCUAGACCCUAGCAACUUGACUGUUCUUCAGGCAUUGUCGAAACUCAAUGAGAGGAUUCAAGCACAAAAUGAAAAGGACGGCAAUACCCGUGAUAAUUGUAUCAUUGAUUGUGGGACAAUCGGCUCUGCUUACCUCAACGGAAAGCCCAUACGUGAUGCUCUCCUUCACGAUCUCAAUAACCUUUCCUUGAUGAUGCAAUGGAAAGAGUGGCAAGAUAAAAUGAAUAGCUUCACGAAUGAACGCAAAUACCCAAAUUGGACACCACCCACCCCAACUAAGGACGAACUAAACAACGUGAACGAGGCAGCGGCCCAAGCUGAAGCGCAAAUAUCAGCGCAAGCGGCAGCGGCAGCAGCCCAAGCCGAAGCGCAAAGACUAGCGGAAGAGGCAGCGGCUAGGAAAGCAGGUCAAACGCUCAAUGCUGGCGGAAGUAGUGAUACCCAAUAUCCCUGGAACACACUUGUCACUACAGAUGGGCGUCGAGUAAUCGCAGGGCGACAACACACGAAGUUAGGAGAAGAUCAAGGUAGAAGCACAUUGAUUGUCGCUUCCAAAUUAGGUCCAGAUCCAAUAUACGACUUGAUUUCGGGAACGUCAAUCAAGGCAGAAGAGGAAAUUAGGUUUUUCGCCAUGCUAGGUAUCAAGCGGUUAGCAGAACGAAGGAGCAACGGCGAGAAAGCAAAGACAUGGACGUGGAGGGACAAACCCAACUUCAUCAAGUUUCUUUGGUGUACGAAGGGGCGGCGCAUCAUGGCAACAUUUGGGAAAGGGACCAAGGCUGCUGACACUUUGUGCUGUAUAGAAAUGGCAAGCGGGAUAGAGAUUUGCACAAGAUCGGAUUUUGGUGAUAUCUUGGGGAAAGGCCGAGCGGACAAGGAGAUUACCGUGUACUGUGAAAGGUAA